AUGGGAAGAAAUGACUCGUCUGUGGUACUCCCAAUGACGGCGUUAGACACGUCGCCGUCGAAGAUGUCCGACUUCUACAUUGGUCUUGCGUUGGCUGUCUCUUCGUCGUUGUUCAUCGGCAGUUCAUUUAUCAUCAAAAAGAAAGCAUUGAUCAAGCUGGCAAGCGGUGAUGUGUCACAACGAGCAAGUGAGGGCGGCUACGGGUAUCUUCGCGAGUGGAUGUGGUGGAUGGGAGUGAUUACAAACAUACGAAUUAAAAAAAUUAUAUGA